AUGUCACACAGGGACAGAGGAGCCACGUCACGCAGGGACAGAGGAGCCACGUCACGCGGGGACAGAGGAGCCACGUCACGCGGGGACAGAGGAGCCACGUCACGUGGGGGACAGAGGUGCCACGUCACGUGGGGGACAGAGGAGCCACGUCACGCGGGGGACAGAGGUGCCACGUCACAGGGACAGAGGAGCCACAUCAUGCAGGGACAGAGGAGCCACGUCACAUGGGGACAGAGGUACCACGUCACGUGGGGACAGAGGUACCAUGUCACGGGGACAGUGGUACCACGUCAUGUGGGGGACAGUGGUACCACGUCAUGUGGGGGACAGAGGUACCACGUCACGGGGACAGAGGUACCACGUCACAGGGACAGAGGUACCACAUCACACGGGGACAGAGGUACCACGUCACGGGGACAGUACAGCCAGCGCACUGACAGCAAGGCAGUCAGUCCAGGACAUUCUGCACCACAAGGUUGCUGCCUGUUGCUCUCUUAUGACCAAAUUGACCUCUCCAGUCCAGGCCCAACACCCACCAAUCUAUUCUCCAUUUCUUUAUUUUUGUCAUUUCAAGAAUGUUAUAUACUUGGAAUCAUGAAGUGA